GAGGAGAAGGCAGCGGAGGAGAGACUUUUUCUUCUUCCUUUCCCCUCAUACCCCCCUUUGAAUUUUUUUUUUUAAUUUUAUUUUUAUUUUUAACAUUUUUCUUUCAUUGGGCGACGAUCCCUGCUCCUCGUGUGCCUCCUGGUACCGUGGCCAGCUCUGCUUUUCAUGACUGGAUUGUGGCAGCAGCAGCAGCAGCUCCCCGCUGCAGGUUGUUGAGGAACCGAUGGGGAUUGGCAUCUCGGCAACCGGAGGUGACUAAAGAAAUGCUGAAUUCAGUACUCUGCAAAAAUAGCGUAUGGAUUUUCAGCACCUGAAGAACAAGAAAAGGUCACAGAUUCUGGAUACUGGCUGUGGGAUUUUUUUAUUAUUAUUUUUAUUAUUUUUGAUUGGCUUUUUCUCCCUUCUUGGAUGUGAGUUGAAGGCCAACAGCUGAAGUGUUGAAAACCAGUGCAGAAGGACACUCACCUUGUUUUGUUUGAACCCUUGUUUGCUGGGAUACUUUCAAGCCCUCCUUCACAGUCAUGUGGUCAUCACAGCUGCUGUUCUUCACAAUGCUCUUAACACCGUUAGCCCAUGCUUUCAGCCGUGCCCCGGUCCCCAUGGCUGUGGUCCGAAGGGAACUGUCCUGUGAGAGUUACCCCAUAGAGCUUCGCUGCCCGGGAACAGAUGUUAUCAUGAUUGAAAGUGCCAACUAUGGGAGGACUGAUGAUAAAAUCUGUGACUCUGAUCCUGCUCAGAUGGAGAAUAUCCGCUGUUAUCUGCCAGAUGCCUAUAAGAUUAUGACUCAAAGAUGCAGUAAUCGGACCCAAUGUGCCGUUGUGGCCGGCCCUGAUGUGUUUCCAGACCCUUGCCCUGGGACGUACAAAUACCUGGAGGUUCAGUAUGAAUGUGUCCCUUACAAAGUGGAGCAAAAAGUUUUCCUUUGCCCUGGACUGCUAAAAGGAGUAUACCAGAGCGAACACCUGUUUGAAUCCGACCACCAGUCUGGUGCCUGGUGCAAAGACCCGCUGCAGGCGUCUGACAAGAUCUACUACAUGCCCUGGACGCCUUAUCGAACAGACACACUGACGGAGUACUCCUCCAAGGAUGACUUCAUCGCUGGGAGGCCAACCACGACCUACAAACUCCCGCACCGAGUGGACGGCACAGGGUUUGUGGUGUACGAUGGGGCUUUGUUCUUCAACAAGGAGCGAACCCGAAAUAUAGUCAAGUUUGACUUGCGGACAAGGAUAAAAAGCGGGGAGGCUAUCAUAGCUAAUGCAAAUUACCAUGACACCUCUCCCUACCGCUGGGGAGGCAAGUCUGAUAUAGACCUGGCCGUGGAUGAGAAUGGGCUAUGGGUAAUCUAUGCAACAGAACAAAAUAAUGGCAAAAUAGUCAUUAGCCAGUUAAACCCUUAUACAUUAAGGAUUGAAGGGACGUGGGAUACUGCCUAUGACAAGAGGUCAGCUUCUAACGCUUUUAUGAUCUGUGGGAUUUUAUAUGUGGUCAAGUCUGUGUAUGAAGAUGAUGACAAUGAAGCCACAGGGAAUAAAAUAGACUACAUAUAUAACACUGACCAAAGCAAGGAUAGUAUGGUGGAUGUGCCCUUUCCAAACUCCUAUCAGUACAUUGCUGCUGUGGAUUAUAAUCCCCGGGACAACCUUCUCUACGUAUGGAACAACUAUCACGUAGUGAAGUAUUCCUUGGAUUUUGGCCCGCUGGACAGCAGAACAGGGCAGGCUCACCAUGGGCAGGUUUCCUAUAUUGCCCCACCAAUCCACCUCGAUUCGGAUCUGGAGCGACCACCAUCUAAGGGGGUAUCAACAUCAGGGGCACUGGGCCCGGUGAGCACCACUGCCAGCACCACACCACGAAUGGCCACCAGCAGCACUGGCCGCCCCACCACCACCUCAGCUUUGGGUAGGAGGAACAGGAGCACCAGCAUGCCCUCACCCAUGGCUGAUGUUCCUGAUGAGAUGACCACGCACCUCCCACCCGCCUCCUCCCAGCUCCCCCCAGCUGGUGCCGAGAGCUGCGACCCUAUGGAAGCCCGUGAUAUUAUGUGGUCUCGGACCCGGCAGGGACAAAUGGCAAAGCAACCGUGUCCCAUGGGCUCGAUAGGUGUUGCAACUUUCCGGUGUCUUGCACCAGAUGGAAUCUGGGAGCCCCAGGGACCAGAUCUCAGCAACUGCUCUUCUCCCUGGAUCAACCACAUCACUCAGAAGAUGAAGUCAGGAGAGAUGGCUGCCAAUAUUGCCCGAGAGCUUGCAGAGCACACCAGAAACCACUUGUAUGCUGGUGACAUCACGUACUCCGUGUCUGCCAUGGUUCAGCUGGUGAACCUGCUUGAUGUGCAGCUCCGAAACCUGACGCCAGGUGGGAAGGACAGUGCUGCACGCAGCUUGAAUAAGCUUCAGAAAAGGGAGCGCUCUUGCAGGGCCUAUGUCCAGGCCAUGGUGGAAACGGUGAACAACCUCCUGCAGCCGCAGGCUCUGAAUGCCUGGAGGGACCUGAAUGCAAGUGAACAGCAACGUGCAGCCACCAAAUUGCUUGACACUGUGGAGGACAGUGCCUUCGUGCUGGCUGAUAACCUGCUGAAGACUGACAUUGUCCGUGAAAACACCGACAAUAUCCAGCUGGAAGUUGCAAGACUAAGCACAGAUGGUAAUCUGGAAGAUCUGAAGUUUCCCCAGAACACGGGCCAUGGGAGUGCCAUUCAACUUUCGGCAAAUACCUUGAAACAAAAUGGUCGGAAUGGUGAAAUCAGGGUAGCUUUCGUGCUGUACAACAACUUGGGCACCUAUCUCUCCACGGAGAAUGCUAGCAUGAAAUUAGGAACUGAAGCGAUGUCUACUAAUCACUCCGUCAUCGUCAACUCCCCUGUCAUCACGGCAGCAAUAAACAAAGAGUUCAGCAAUAAGGUUUACCUAGCUGAUCCCGUGGUCUUUACUGUCAAGCAUAUUAAGCAGUCAGAAGAAAAUUUCAAUCCAAACUGUUCAUUCUGGAGCUAUACUAAGCGUACCAUGACAGGGUAUUGGUCCACCCAAGGAUGUCGCCUCCUGACAACUAACAAGACGCACACCACAUGCUCCUGCAAUCACCUAACCAACUUUGCAGUCCUGAUGGCACAUGUGGAAGUUAAGCACAGCGAUGCAGUGCAUGACCUGCUUCUGGAUUUUAUCACCUGGGUGGGCAUCCUGCUGUCACUUGUCUGCCUCCUGAUCUGCAUCUUCACCUUCUGCUUCUUCCGUGGGCUACAGAGUGACCGCAACACAAUUCACAAGAACUUGUGCAUCAGCCUUUUUGUAGCAGAACUUCUCUUCCUCAUUGGCAUCAACCGGACUGACCAGCCGAUUGCUUGUGCUGUUUUUGCUGCCCUCCUGCACUUCUUCUUCCUGGCGGCUUUCACCUGGAUGUUCUUGGAAGGUGUGCAGCUUUACAUCAUGCUGGUGGAGGUUUUUGAGAGUGAACACUCCCGGAGGAAGUACUUCUAUUUGGUUGGCUAUGGCAUGCCUGCACUGAUCGUGGCUGUGUCAGCAGCAGUGGACUACCGGAGCUAUGGCACAGACAAAGUAUGUUGGCUCCGACUUGAUACCUACUUCAUUUGGAGCUUUAUAGGACCAGCGACCUUGAUAAUUAUGCUUAAUGUAAUCUUCCUUGGGAUUGCUCUCUAUAAAAUGUUUCAUCAUACUGCCAUACUGAAACCUGAAUCUGGAUGUCUUGACAAUAUCAAGUCCUGGGUGAUAGGUGCGAUAGCCCUGCUCUGCUUAUUAGGACUGACCUGGGCAUUUGGACUCAUGUAUAUUAAUGAAAGCACAGUCAUCAUGGCGUAUCUCUUCACCAUAUUCAAUUCUCUGCAGGGAAUGUUUAUAUUCAUUUUCCAUUGUGUCCUCCAGAAAAAGGUACGUAAAGAAUACGGAAAAUGCCUGCGCACACAUUGCUGUAGUGGGAAAAGUACAGAGAGCUCUAUUGGCUCAGGAAAAACCUCGGGGUCACGGACACCUGGAAGAUAUUCCACAGGCUCACAGAGCCGGAUUCGUAGGAUGUGGAAUGACACAGUUCGAAAGCAGUCCGAGUCUUCCUUUAUUACUGGAGAUAUAAACAGUUCAGCUUCACUCAACAGAGAGGGGCUUCUGAACAAUGCCAGGGAUACAAGUGUCACGGAUACUCUACCACUGAAUGGUAAUCACGGCAACAGCUACAGCAUCGCCAGCGGCGAGUACCUCAGCAACUGCGUGCAAAUCCUCGACCGCGGGUACAACCACACUGAGAACGCCCUCGAGAAGAAGAUCCUGAAGGAACUCACCUCCAACUACAUCCCCUCCUACCUGAACAACCACGAGCGCUCCAGCGAGCAGAGCCGAAACCUGAUGAACAAACUCGUCAACAGCGUGGGCGGCGGGAGCGAGGACGACGCCAUCGUGCUGGACGACGCCACCUCCUUCACCCACGAGGAGAGCCUGGGCCUGGAGCUUAUCCACGAGGAGUCAGACGCCCCGCUGCUGCCCCCCCGUGUGUACUCGGCUGACGGUCCCCAGCCCCAUCUCUACAGCCGGCGGCGCAUCCCACAGGACAACAGCGAGAGCUUUUUCCCCUUGCUGACCAACGAGCACACAGACGACCUCCAGUCGCCCAACAGGGAUUCUCUGUACACCAGUAUGCCCACGCUGGCCGGCAUGCCUGUGGCAGAAAGCGUUGCCGCCAGCACCCAGACCGACCCCCCGCCGGCAAAAAGCGGUGACGCGGAUGAUGUUUACUACAAGAGCAUGCCCAACCUCGGCUCCAGGAACCACGUCCAUCAGCUACACACGUACUACCAGCUAGGCCGAGGCAGCAGCGACGGCUUUAUAGUCCCGCCGAACAAAGAGGGAACCUCCCCGGACGGCAGUGCGAAAGGACCCGCUCAUUUGGUCACUAGUCUAUAGAAGGUUAAGCAAAAAUGAAGCAAAUGGACACCCACAGCCCCUCCGUAACGCUCGGUUUACUGUUCUGAGUUAAUACAAGCAGUGGUAAUAUUGUGUGUACUCCUAAAUCUUCAUGCUGUUCUAAGCGAAAUGAAACUCUCAGACUUUUUUUACUGGAAUUUUUAGGCCAGCCCGGAGAGAACAGGAACUGCUGCCCCCCUCCCUCCCCCCAGUUCCUCCCCAUCCUCCCUCCCUUCAGACAGACUUCAUUAUGUUAAUGAAAGAGAUAGGACAGAUAACGGCACACUUCGUGGCCUUCUCAAGUUAUGCUGUAUUUGUUUAAACGAUCCUUGAUGCUGUGUUGCUCUUAAUACUGAGGACCUGAUUUAAGAAAGAAAAAAAAAAAUGCAAAGAAAAAAAAAAAAAAGGCCAAAAAUGUGCAUUUGAAACUAGUAGCGAUGACGCAUCUAGGUGGGAGUGCUGCACAAAACAAACAAGCUAGCAAACUGUCUGUUAUAAAUCCGGAUCUUGCAGCGGGGUUUGGUCGCUCACAACUCGGUUUGAUCGCAGCGCCCUUCGCUGUGGGAGCAACCGAAACAAAAAUUAAUGAUACGGAAGGGAAUCCUAGAAUUAUAUGCUAAAGGCAUAUUUUAUGUUUUGCUGUAUUAACUGACGAUCAAAACUAAUGGCAGAAAAAGAGAAUCAAACAAUUUCUAUGUAAUGUACAGAUACUAGCAUUGCACAUAUAGUCUGCUUUCUGUUCCUCCAGAACUUGCGUCCCUGUUAAUGUAGUGGAAAAAAAAUAAGAACUUUUUCUGUUGUGCUGGUCUUGUAAGUUUGUCUACCAGUAGGAGCAAGGUUUUUCAUAACUCCUGUUUUUCUUUUCUUUCCUUUUGCCUCUCCCCUCCAUCCCUCCCAUCCUGGUAAAAAGUCUCACUGGGCAGAAAAACAAACACCACUUUCUAAGGACCAUUUUUAGAAACGCGAUGGCAGUUUCUUUCCAACCAAGAGAGUCUUUUCUUUCCUCAUCGUGUAUCUUUCUCAAGCCGCCAUAUGGCCGGCAGACUUUUUGCAGAAUAGAGCAGGGCAAACUUUAUGUUUACAGUGCACAACCAAUCGUAACAAGAAUCCUGUGAAGCAUCUUUGGCAAGCAGCCCCUCACCCAGGCCGUAGGUUCGCAUCUAGAAGCCAAGAGGUUUUUGUAGUCGUAGUGGGGCUUCUGCAUGAGACGGUGAUUUCCCCAUAGGAGCUAAGGGCCUUCACGGCCCCGUCCGGUCCCCGUUUAGGCACUUGUAAUGCAGUGGUUAAGAAGAAAUUUGAUUGAUGCGUAGUGAUCUAAAAAGUACUUUUGCAGUGAUUUUUAAAGAAAAAAAAAAAAAGUCUUCUGUUCAUUCUUUUGCUUAACAGGAAAUUUAUUUAUUUGACAUGAUUUCAAGUAACAUAGGCUUUCCAGAAGUAAAUUAGCAGCACGGAGUAUAAUUUCUUCUUUUUUUCUUUUUUCUUUUAUUUUUAUUUUUAUUUUUAAUUUAUGAUCAUUUUGUAUGGUCUCAGCAGUUGAAUGACCUCAUUACUAAUAUUUGUUGUAAAAGUGAAGCUUGUUUGCCAACCAAUAAACAACUGAUCACAAUUUAGAAGACACUGUAUGUAUGUACUGUACAAUUAAUCGCUCUUCUCUAUUGUUCCUUUCUCCAUUUCUGUCUUCAGUAUGAGUUUCCAACUCCUUUAGGGCAUGGGUGAGCAAUGCCAAAGAGAGGAGGCCUGGCUGAGCAAUUUAAGCACAAACAUUACCCAGCUACAGCUAAGUAGAAGUAUCAGGCUAGCAGCACUUGUAUCUGGCUGAGAACAAAGCUGGCCCACGUUUCUUGCAGGUUAUCCUAGGUCUGCUUUGUGCCUACUGUAUAAACCAGACAAUGACAUGCAGAUGAUUUGAGCAUAGUAUUUCGUGUGUCUUUUUAAUCAUUGUAAUGAUUUUUUAAUUAUUUUUUAUUUUUUAAGUUUGAUUCUUCUGAGAUAAAUACCACUGGUAGCAUGUCAAAGAGUAAAACAAGUUCCCAUUAGGCCUCAGUUGUUGUUUGCUGUCUUUUUAUUUUCUUGCUCCAGGUGUAUGCAGAGCUCUCCUUUGCCAAAAGCUCAAUUGCCAGCCCAGGCAACACUGUGCUAGAAACCCCACUGUACUUCCCAGCGGCCCAGCCCCUCUUCAGGUCCCUCCAGAGCAACUGAGUCUCUGCAAUGGCUGUCCUGAGCCAACAGUUCAGUGCAGGUGUUGCUGCAGCCAACAGCUCAGGCCAAAAUGCCUUGGGAAGGAAAUCUCAUUUCUGACCAGGCUGUGCCUCCUGCCAGGUCUAGAUUUUGGCCUUUCCCACCAGGAGUUUGGGAAUUACAGCCAAACAGCCACCAGCUGUGCCCUUGCUCUUGAUAGUGCUGCCCCACUGGCUUCUAACUCGCUGCCUCCUUGUGUGGUUUUAUUUUCUGUGCCAGCAGGGACUGAGCUGGGAGGCAAGUGGUAGAUUCAUGCACGCAACUGUUCAGAUCCCAUCACCAAACCAAUUUUUGCCACAGUCCAAUUGAGACUGUGAGGCCUUGAAGUAUCUCUGUUUUGGAGAAAGUUAAAGCUCUUCUACCAUAUUAGUCUCCAAAAAGUGAUUUUCCAAGGAUUUGGUGGGAUUAAACUCCUGCAAAGGGUGAGAUCCACUCUAGCCAGUAUUGCUAUGAUAAAAUGGGAGGCAGGUGAUCAGUGCAGUGUGCCUGAAACUGCAAGAACAAACCAGUAGUGGAUUUGGUAUGAGAUGACUGUAUGAUACUAAAUAUCUUUGGCUUUCUUCAAUCUAAAUGGCCAUUCUCACCUGGCCCCUUCCCACGUAUUUCUGAUUCAGCAAGAAACAGGCUUUUUCCCCCUUCUCCAUCCCUUCUCGCAAGAGCUACUGUCCUCCAGUUACCAUGUCUAUUAGCACUUUGAUUGCAAAAAAACACUGUUUAUUUUCAAGCUGAUUAUUUCCGUCCCCAGACUGAGCUGGCACCACAGGGUUCACUGUUGGUGCUUCUUACAGAUUUGGAAACAGCUGAAUCACAAAACAGAGGGGAAAUAGAUAUCAUUAAUUACAUCAAGCUAAAUAUGUUUUAAGACUAUCAUUUGGUUUGGGGAAGGAGGGAGCAAGAUGGAGGUAAUUUUUUUCAUUUUAUCGUCUUUGAAACAGUUUAUCAUAUCAGAUAGUUGAUUAUUGGCAUGGUGAGGAUUUCUGCUUGUUGAUAAAUAACUCAGUAGAUGUGUUAUGUGACUGACAACACAGCGGUGUCUUUUGUGCAGAUUGCAGCACGUGAAACUCAGCUAAAGCCCUUGAAGCCUAAAAUGCUGUCGGAGUGGGAGGUAGAACUGCAGAACCACUGAGGCAUUUCUUAAUGCUGAGCAAAGGCAGGGGGAUGCAAGAGAAUAGCGUGUGGUACAAAUGAUGGCUUGAUGAAGAGGCAGUAACAAUUAUGGUAUUAAAUCCAUACCUAUGAUUGGGGCACACAACUUUGUUUGAAGUGGAUAAACAGCCCUGUAUCAGAGGGAUCUUUUUUUUUAGAGAUUUGUUAAAAGAAAGAAAGGGAGAAGAAAAAAAUAUAUAUCUUUAGAGAUAGAAUAUUAAAGCUUCAUCAUUUGACUGCAGUAAGCAUCCAACUUUCCAUGGAAAACAGAGUAGAGGAAAAAAGCAAUGCUUGGUCCUGCAGAACAAUUGAUCUUAUUUACAGACCUUCCCUGUUGGAAACAUGGGACUACUUUAAGGACAUGUUGGUUGCUGGGCAAGUAUGGAGUGAGAAUUUGCAAUGACAGUGCAUAGCUUGAGUCAUCCUUUCUUCUAAAAGUGUUGCUUGCAUGUUGGAAGGGGGAACAGAGAAGUACAAGACUGAGCAUUGCAUGCCAUGUCCCGUCAUCCUGGGACAUUUUGCAAGUAGCAAAUCUCUUUUUCCCAUGCUCCUUCUAACCUGCACAUAAGCAAGGUUGCUUUCUUCGUGUAAUCUCAUAUCAGAUGCCAGAUUGCCCAUAGCUACUGGAUGAUGCACCAGUUUGCUGGGCUACCACUAAGUUUCCUACUGCUUAAGGACACUUAGGCUCCGAAGGACAGUACUGCUCAUUUUCUGCAAAAGCCAUAAGGGAGAAGCUGCAUGAGACUGUAAAGAUCUCCCCAAAGCUUCUGAAAGAGAGACAAGACAUGACAAGAAAGACUACAAGACUAUGUAGGCUAGAAGUUUAGGAUGUUCAUUACAGCUUCGUAAAUACCACAUAUUGCUUACUAUGGUGCUACUCUUUUCCUCGUAGUGAUUGCAUUUAAUUCCCUGAAAUCUGAGUGAUGAUGGUCCUUGUGUCCCUGCCCGUGUCCCUGUUGCCCUCACACACUCUUGAUCUUGACAGUUCAUAAAGAAUAUAAUACCCUGCAGACUGGCCUGCACAACAGGAAUGAAAGCAUAGCUCGUCUUAUUAAAAGCUGUCUCAGGAGAGCCUAAGCGCAGUGUCUUGGUCAUCUGUCUCACUCUGAUUUUCUCCCUCUGUUUGAAAAGAUCUUUAUUUUUAGCUACCUGCUAGCAUUCAGCUAGACUCUAUGCAAAUUUUGUUCAAUGAAUAUUUUAGGGUUUAAAUAGUCUGAGCUCAUGAACAUUCUCUAAGCAUCGUGUCGGCACAGGUUCUCUGGUAACAGAGCUGAGAACAUCCUGCAGCACAAAGCUGGAAACAGAUAAAAUCAGUGAUUAAUGCUCCCAGAGAAGGCAGCAGCCACAUUGUCAGUGAGCAUCCUGAGCUCACUGGGAUAAAAGCAAAAGCAAGUGGGGCUGUGGGCCCAGGAUGGCGUUUUUGCAGUCAGUUUUUGCUGCUGGGCGUUGAGCCAGGGCUGUAUGAGCACUCAGUGGGUCAGCAUGUCUUGGGGAUGUGUGGGGUCAUACAGCUGGUAGCAUGUUUUCCCAGUUCAGGGGAGAUGGUCUGAUUAACGCUGAAAUACUGAGACUAUUCAGCAUAGCCAGAACUUGGAAAUCUUCCCCUUCUACACCAGAAUAGCUCUUAACAGGUGGUUACUGUUUGUUGUAUUUGGUACUCCAGAUGGUGAUAGUCUCCUCCAGCACAAUGCCAACAAAACAACUCAGCUUCCUAACUAUUUGCUGUCUUUUUGAUUUCCCCCCCUCCCUCACUUUUUUUCUUAUGUUUCUACUCCUUAAAUACUCUGUACACAUGUAAAAACCCAAACUAAAACCUCGAUAAUAAAAUAUAUAUAUAUUGGUAAA